UUGUAGAGGCAACGGACGCGCAGCGCGUGGCUGGUUUGGAAGCGGCGGCAGAUAGAAACUAGCCUCACACUAAAUUCUUCCUCUGCUCUGUCGUUCGCUAUAUACUUUACUUAUAUACUUUCAUUGCGGAGAAUAAACUAACGUCCGUGGGCGUGGCGUUGCGUUUGGCUGGAGCAAGGAGGCUGGGUAACAAGGCAAGGUAGAAAUCUCAAUUGACAGUCUGAGCUGAGGCUAAUUUAAAAUGACAAAGUAGACUAUUAUCGUCAAAACGAAACAGGAACCCAAUACCAACAGAGGGAUAAUGUAAACACAUUUUGAGAAACUUCAAUGCCAGCUGUGCUUGACCAAUCAAGACGAAAAGAUAGUCUUGAGAUACGUUGAGGAGAAUUGCAGCUUCUUCUCGGACUACAGUUGUCAAUUGUGGCAGCCUAAUUUGCCUUAUCACUUAUUUUAAGCACACUACUGUUUUCGGUCAGUGGAGGAUUAGGGAACAUAAAAGUAAAAGCCUACUCAAAGCACGGUGACUUCAACUUGCGCAGCAGGCAAAGUAAGCACGAAUAGGGUUGGGGAGAAUGCCCAAAUGGGAUUCUUCGUCGCAAUGGAAUUAGAAUUGAAGAACAUGUAAACCAAGCCAAGUAGGCCUAUUCGUCCGCCCCAAAGGUUGCUGGAAACUAUUCAACUGCGUUGUUUUGACCGCUGGGAUGUUGUGAGAGACCCACUGUUUGGGACGGCGGAACUGAGAGCGAAGAAGGUAGCCUAAAGAGAACGAGGAACAGUGGGAUUAUGGCUCUCGCAACGGUUUCUCUCUGUCUAAUAGCGCUCGCCUUUACAAACUUGCACCUGACGCGAGCCAACGACCGACAUGCCGUCUAUUGGAACAGCUCAAAUUUACAUGCCAACCCAAAGGAGAGGCUUAAAGAGUUAGGUUUGAGAAAGCUAACACCCCACUGUGGUAGACUUCCUAUGAGAGCUGCUGAGGCUCUCAUACAACGCACUUCAAAGCUCAUACGCUGCUCUUUGAAACCUUGGAAUCUACGGAGGGAGGGCUACACGGUGCAGGUGGCAGUGAACGACUACCUGGACAUCUACUGCCCGCAUUACAACACUACCGCCACCAGCCAGCGGGGGACGCUGGAGCGCACCGUGGCCGAACAGUACGUCCUCUACAUGGUCAGCUACCGCGGCUACCGCACCUGCGACCCCCAGAUGGGCUUCAAGCGCUGGGAGUGCAACCGGCCGCAUGCGCCCCAGGCGCCCAUCAAGUUCUCUGAGAAGUUCCAGCGCUACAGCGCCUUCUCCCUGGGCUACGAGUUCAACGUGGGCCACGAGUACUACUACAUAUCCACGCCUACCCAUCACCACGGCCACAGCUGCCUGAGACUGAGAGUCUACGUCUGCUGCUCCACAGUCUCCCACGAUGAUGAUUCCAGUCAGACCCCUCCUGACUACACAUUCAGGCCCAAUGUCAAAAUACACGACAUCGAUGAAUUUAACCCUGAAAUUCCCAAACUGGAGAAGAGCGUCAGCGGCAGCAGCCCAUCACGCGAUCGCCUUCUGCUCACCGUGGCAACACUGCUCAUCUCUGCCCUCCUGGUGUCCUAGCGACUGUCUCCCCAAGUGACAUCACAUGGAUACCUGGACCGCUUGGCCUGAAGGACUCUGUAUCCACUGACCCUGGGUACAAUUAGAAAGUGGAAUUGAACCAAGGAAAGGACACACAAUUCAACCAAACAAAAGCCAGAAUUACAAUAAAUUCGACACAACCAUAAAAAACAGGACUUUAGGAUCGUACUCACUUAAGGAGAGGCCUUCAAAAUCUGCCGUUCUGCCCUUGGGCAAGGCAGUUAACCCCCAAAAACAACUGCUCCCCGGGCACCGAUGACGUCGA